UAAAUAUUUAAUUUUGUCUAAUUUACUUCUAAAGUUAAUACACGUUAUAGAGUUUAGCGAGUUUGUAAUAUUUUUUUCAUAUGAUCUAAAUCCUAUUUUCACGCGUUUCAUAUCACAAACGCAUUAAAUCGACACAACAUCAGAGACAAGUGCAGUUGCGAUUCGCACAUAGAUUUCUGUAUUACCGGUUGCGAUUUUGCGAAAACGAGAUCCAGCUCAGUGCAGAUGGCGGUACAAAACGGAGUGUUGUAAGACAAAUUUUUUCUUGUGUUUUAUAAUAUUUAACACAACUAUACGAUACCAGGAUGGGGGUUCGAUAUCAGGGAGGCCACGUCGUCUUUAUCAGCUUAAAAUACAGGCAAAUUUACAAUGUAAUUUCAUUGUCGAAAAAAAAAAAUAGAAUAAAAAAUACGUUUGUCUCCGUGCUCCACUAAAUGCGCCUUUGCAAACGCGACUGAGAACCGAGAUACGCUCAGUAAACAUUUUAUGCAUUCUUUUCAAUCACCGCGAAUCAAUAGUCGAUGUAUGAUUUAAUUAUUUCGCGACGGCGUAAAGUCGGAAUUCGACGUCGCGGUGGUACAUUAUUCGCAGAGAGACAUGUCUGCCAUGAAUACAAAAACAAAAGGAGAAACAUGCGUAAAAUUAAUUCACAUGGCUAGCAUUUAUGCGCACUUGUAUCUACUUGUACGCAACUGUUAUUUUCUGUCGGAUUAAAAGAAAUAAAAAAUACCAUAGAUUCAUUCAAUAUCGUUACUUUGCAAACUAAAAGAAUAAAUUAUUAUGAGAAAUUACGCACACGCGCGCAACCAAUACACAUUACACGUUCCCACACAUAUGUUAUUAAUAAACUUUACGAUUAAAUACGUCGUACAAUUAUAGCGUAAAAAUAAAAGACGCAAAUCGUAUAGAAGAAUCGGCCGAUGAUAAUAAUCAGUCGACAAUAAAUCAUUUCGUACGACAACGAGGUAAUAAACAAUAAUAAUACAAUCGUAAUGUCUCGGUCGAAGCGACUAAAUGUCGACGUCGACGAAUAUCUCUAAGGCGUGGUUCCUCCAUCGAAAUUUUGUCAGCGCGUUUGACGAGACAUCUUUUCCGACCGGCACAUUUCGUUCGAGAGCGAAGGAGAUAUCUCUCUCUCUCUCUCUCUGUCUCUCUCUCUCUCUCUCUCUCUCUCUCUCCCUCCUUUUCCUUUCUUUCUCGUAGUCGGCGUCCGAGUUCCAUAUUGAAGAGCAUCAGCUGGCUCGAAUCCCGGGAUUCCCCUGACAUCCGCGAGGCAUCCGGAUUGCCUGCCGAUACUGUCUUCGUCUCCCCCAUCCAUCGCCCCACCGCACCGGUCCCAAGCGCAGUUGCACGACAACGUCAAUUUCAGUUUUUCCCUCGGGAUUCGGGAUUUACCGGCGUUGCUGGAAUCCUCUCCGCCGUCGCCCUUCCCCUUCCACGGCCACGCCAUGUAAAACGUGGAUCUACCGGUUUCUGGCGACGGCAAUCUUGCAACAAUUGCCGUCAUCUCUCGCCCACCAUCGAUCCGGUGUCAUUGCAAAGAGGAUCAAUAAAUCUCGCGACGACAUCGCCUCGCGACGCAUCCCGGCGCAUCUUGUCGCGCGAAACACUUUCGAAAGAUUCUUUUUCGUUCUCUCUCUCUCUCGCGUGCGCGCUCUCUCUCUUUCUUCUUCUCUCAUGGUGCUCCGUUUCGCGGUCCAUCGAAAUCCGAGACCGAGACGUGACGUAGGUGCGUUCAUGCGUGUGCGUGCAUGCGGCUGCUGCGCGCUCGCGCAUGCACGCGGGAACGUGUAUGCGUGGGUGCGCGCGCGCGCGCGCGCGUGUGUGUAUGUGUAGAUGCGCGCGCUCGCGCGCGGGUGUGCGCGCUAAGCGAAGGCCAUGUCCGACAGGCUACGGCUACUACUCUGUGACGGAUGACUUUUGAAAGGUAUAAAAGUUAAAUAAAACAAUGGCAUACUCUGAUCAGAAUUAUGAGAUACCUAAAGGUAUCAGAGCAAGACAGAAUGGACAAUAUGAGAUUCCAGAAGAAAAAACUGCAGCCAAGGCAGGUUUAGAUGUAUUACAUACAUCUCGGAUAGACCGCGGUAUAACUGAGGAAGACGUGGAAAGAAAGAUAACGACACUGAAACAAUUAUUGGAGAAAGAUCCAAGAGCUGCCGAUUUAAAAUGGUCCCUUUUUGUGGCAGCAUCCAACACUUACCGUUAUGAUAGUUGUUUAAAACCGUUUCCGCCUAUGUACAUCAAGAACGAGUGCAAAGAUAUCGAAGCAUUGAGGAGAGUCAUAGAAUCAGUCCCUCCUUUGCUCGUGAUAUGCAAAGAACUCGGUGAGACAGAUGUCUACCAAAAUUACGGCGAAAUAAUAGAGUUAUUGUAUUGGGUACUGCUGCGAUUAAGAGAUCCAUACAUUAAAAGUGUACAGAAAGAAUACUACAAUUCCAUACUGAGGAAAGUGCCAUUGGAAGUACCGGUUGCAGCACCAAAUCUUAUAUUUCAAAUGGCAAGUGCGAAACAAUCUACGUCAGAAGAGAAAUGGAAGUCAAAUGCUAAAGGUCACUCGACAUUUUAUGCGUAUCACGGCAGCCGUUUGGAAAACUUCCAUUCCAUCGUACACUAUGGUUUACAACAAAACAUGUGCAAAAGAUCACAGUUUGGCAAAGGAAUAUAUUUUUCAAGCGAAUUAGGAGUAAGCUUACCGUACAGUCCUGUGGGUUAUGGCUGGGGAGGUAGUCUUCUUGGAAGCGAGAUAAGCUGUAUAGCUCUCUGUGAGCUUAUUAAUCAUCCUGAUAUAAAGAGAGGAGAUUCAAGAGAUAACGCACAAAAUACAUUGAGUGAUUCAGUUAGUGGAAGAAUACCAGAGAAGUACUUUGUAGUGACAAAUAGCGACUUAGUGAGGAUACGCUAUUUGCUCGUUUAUACUCAAGAUCUCCAUACAACUAGUACUACUGAUAGUACGGGAUUGCUGGCAUGGUUCAAGCAACACAAAUUACUGACAUUUGUGCUCGGCUACGUUGUGCUGUUAGCCUCAGUUGGACUAACACAGAACAAACAAGUAGAAAAAUACUAUAGGUUAUUUAUUCAGAAAGCAGGAUUCGAAUAAAAGAAGGAUAAGAAUAUAAAUUUAUACAACUUGAUUGCUAUAAGUUGAAGUCUUGAUAUGAAAGAAAAAAGGUUACAAAUGCCACAUUUUUAUAAAAUUAGUCUGUAUGUGCCAAGAUUAAUAGUAAAAAACUGCAAAUGCUUUAAAAUGAUAUAAAAGCAAAUAUCUUUUAAUAGCAUUUCUGUGAUUUGCAUUUUUGGCAUUUACAGCCUUUUUACUUGUCAAGUCUUCGAUUAUAUUGAACUCAUCUACCAAUUCGUAUGUUGAAAAAUAUCAUCUUUUAUAUACAUUUUUUAA